CCUGACUGGCCUGCUGUGUGUUUAGUUCUGCCGCUGUCGCUCUGAGCGGGUGUGUGUGUGUGUUUGAUGAGGUGUGAACGUGAGGGAGAUGUGGUCCUUUUUCGCCAGGGAUCCUGUCAAAGAUUUCGCUUAUGAAAUCGUCCCAGAGAGCCAGGAGAAGUCUGGAAUAUGGAGCCUCCACCGGGGAAAGCGGAAGACCAAUGGCGAACCCGUGUCUGUGUUUGUGUACGAAGUGGCUCAGGGAACAGAGCUGCAGACUCAGCUGGCCAAGGCUGCGUUCAAGCGCAUGAAAACCCUGCGUCAUCCUAACAUCCUGGCUUAUGUGGAUGGGUUGGAGACAGAGAAGAGCCUGUACCUGGUGACAGAGCAGGUGACGCCCCUGGCCGUCCACCUGAAGGCUCAGGCCGAGAAGGGCGGCUCCGGGGAGCUGGAGGUGUCCUGGGGCCUGCAUCAGAUCGUGAAAGCUCUCAGUUUUCUCGUGAAUGACUGUCACCUGCUUCAUAACAACUUGGGCAUUUGGGCCAUUUUUGUCGACCGGGCCGGAGAGUGGAAGCUCGGCGCCCUUGACCAUGUGUGUCCGGAGCAGGGGGACCCAAGUGGGGUCGCACUCCCCGCCCCUAAAGCCGUUUACCCAGAAAUGGAGAAAUAUGACCCACCAGAGACGCCCAAUAGUGGUGGAGACAAAUGGGCAACGGAGGUGUGGCGACUCGGCUGCCUGAUCUGGGAGGUGUUCAAUGGGCCACUGCCUCGCACGUCCUCCCUCCGCUCACUGGGAAAGAUCCCAAAGACGCUGGUCCCUCAUUACUGUGAGCUGGUCGGGGCCAACCCCAGAGCUCGGCCCAACCCAGCUCGCUUCCUCCAGAACUGCAGAGCCCCCGGGGGAUUCCUCAGCAACAGCUUCGUGGAGAGCAAUCUGUUUCUGGAAGAGAUCCAGAUCAAGGAACCAGCCGAGAAGCAGCAGUUUUUCCAGGAUCUGAGUGAAAACCUGGACUCUUUUCCUGAAGACUUCUGUAAACACAAGGUCCUGCCUCAGCUUCUCACCGCAUUUGAAUUUGGGAACGCGGGCGCGGUGGUUCUCACGCCUCUCUUCAAGGUUGGAAAGUUUCUGUCAGCAGAAGAAUACCAGCUGAAGAUCAUUCCUGUUAUUGUAAAAAUGUUUUCCUCGACGGACCGGGCUAUGAGGAUACGACUUCUGCAGCAGAUGGAACAGUUCAUUCAGUAUCUGAACGAAGCGGCGGUCAACUCCCAGAUUUUCCCUCACGUCGUUCACGGCUUCACUGACACCAACCCGGCCAUCAGAGAGCAGACAGUGAAGUCCAUGCUACUUCUGGCGCCAAAGCUGAACGAGACCAACCUGAACCAGGAACUGAUGCGUCACUUCGCCAGGCUGCAGGCCAGAGACGAACAAGGCCCGAUUCGGUGCAACACCACCGUCUGCCUGGGAAAGAUCGCCUCCUACCUCAACGCUGGGACUCGACAGCGUGUUCUGAUUUCUGCCUUUUCGCGAGCCACUAAAGACCCAUUUCCCGCUUCGCGCUCCGCUGGCGUUCUGGGCUUCGCCGCCACACACAACUACUACAGCCUAACGGAGAUUGCCGCCCGGAUCCUGCCCACUCUGUGUGCCGUUACCGUUGAUCCAGAUAAGAGCGUCAGGGACCAGGCAUUUAAAGCCAUCAAAAGUUUUCUUUCCAAGCUGGAGACGGUGUCGGAAGACCCAACCAAGCUGGCUGAGAUAGAAAAGGACGUGGGGUCAUGUGCCCAGCCUGCAGGCGCCUCCUCCAGCUGGACGGGCUGGGCCGUAACCGGCAUGUCGUCUCUUACAUCCAAGCUGAUCCGCAACGCGCCAGGCGCAGAGGGGGGCGGAGCAGCCGAGGGCGGCGGGCCGACCAACCCCACCAGUGCCUCCGAUGAAGCUCCUUCGCCUGGUCCUGAAGAUAAAACGCCUCAAGCCUCUGCGACUCACCACGCAGCCUCGAGUGGAGCCAGCCAAUCACACACUCUUGAAGGGACAGACAACGAUGACGAGCCGAUCGGGGAGCGCUGGGAGGAUGAGGAGGACUGGGGAAGCUUGGAGGAUCCGGAGAAAACUCAGACUGAGACAGACGACUGGAACACCGACUGGUCGGGAAUGACGUCGACUAAAAAGAAGGCAAGCCGGUCGUCUGCUUCCAUGGCGGUGAAAAAGCAGAGCUCCGACUGGAGCAGCUCGGGCUGGGACGCCGACGACAGCUGGUCUAACGACAAGGAGGGCCAGGGUCAGAGCUCCGCGGGCGAGGAGGGCUGGGGCAACGACUGGGCGGAGGAAGACCCCGACACGACGGCGGCCAGUACCACCCUCCCUCUGCCCGAAGGGGUGCGCUUAGCCAGCGAGUACAACUGGGACAGCAGCAGCUCGGCCAAGGGGGCCGGCCACAACGAUCUGUUCGCCAGCGUGUCGCAGAGGAACACGACCAGCACAGCCGCCUCCAUGGCUGGAGAUGGUUGGAGCGCCGAGGCCACAGCAGACUGGGGAGCUGAGGAGAGCUGGGAGUCAGUCGAUGGAAGUCAAAACCUCAGCAAGGCAGAGCUGUCCAAGAAGAAGCGGGAGGAGAGGAGGAAAGAGCUCGAAGCAAAACGAGCCGAGCGCAAGGCCGCCAAAGGUCCUCUCAAACUGGGCGCACGCAAGCUGGACUGAGGGUGGACGUGGACGGCGUGAGGCUUGGACCAGACGAGACUGAACAGACCCGCAGGUGGAGGUUCGGCGUACGAGCAAAAAGGACCAAAAAGACCAAAACAGUGAAGGGUGAAGUUCGGUGGCUCAGCAGAGGGCAGUGUUUGUCUUGAUCAGAGCGACUCUGACAGCCGGGAUCUUUGACAUCUUUGGGAGAUGAAUGCAACGACAGAAAAGGUAAAAGAAGAUGUGGAGAGAAGUGAAAGACUGCCGAGCAGCGCACCUUUCAGCUGAUCCUGAGCUGGAAUGAAGAAAAAUCACCUUUUGUUUUUUAAUUCAUGACUCAUAAAGCUGUCGUUGUAAAGUAAAUGUAUAUAACUCAUGCAUCUCAUCUGAAAAGGAGCAACACUUUUUUAAGGAGAUUAUAUAUAAAUUAUAGGAUAUCCGAUGUA